GAGGUCAAAGUAGGUCAAUAUUGGCUCGGGCGACACUUGAAUGGAGGCCGCAAGAAAAGAGCAAACAAGAACCGCGCUCCCCGGGUUUAUAACGGUUUACAAGUGUUCGGACCUGCACGCGAGGGCUGUGUGCUGUGUUUGAAGGGACAAAGAAGCGCUACAACUCCCCCGAGGAUCGCAGAAAGCUCGGAAUCGUCGAUAAGAAAACUUGUAUCAAGUUGACGAUCUGAACUGGGACGCGAGGAUCGCCAAAAGGAGUCCGAUGUGAGAUCCACUACAACGGAAGUGAGCCCGCCACUGAUAACUUCAGUAUGGGGAACGGAGAGAGCACUCCGGACCCGGCAUUGCGCCACAACACCACCGCAGCAAGCAUGAAGAGUCCCAUGCCCGACCAGGGAGAGUUAGAGGAGAGAUUCGCCCGAGUUUUGGCGUCUAUGGAUCUCCCCCCAGACAAGGCCAAGGUGCUGAGAGGCUACGACAACGACAAGAAAUGGGACCUCAUCUGUGAUCAGGAGAGAGUCCAGGCUAAAGAACCUCCCCACACCUACCUACAGAAACUACAGGGGUACAUGGAUGUCAACACAGCCAAGAAGAAGAGCAGCCGCAAGAUGCUGGAGUCAACACAGGUGCUGAGAGACAUCGAGAUCUCCCUCAGGACUAACAACAUUGAGUGGGUGAAGGAGUUUUUGAACCAGGAGAACUCUGGGCUGGAUGUGCUAGUGGACUAUCUCACCUUCACACAGAUCCAGAUUGUGUCUAAAGACGACACAUUUGGCAGCAUGUCUGCCAACUCCAGUCUGAGAAGCAUGGUCGGCUCCAGCCCGUAUGCGAAGAGCCCCUCACGGAAAUCCACCAAGAAGAACCGGGACGUGGGGACGACACGAGAACGGGAGGACGUCCACGUCUGCAUCAUGUGUCUGCGCGCCAUCAUGAACUAUCAGCAUGGGUUUAACAUGGUGAUGGCCCACAAGAUGUGUGUGACGGCGAUCGCCCUCAGUCUCAACCACAACAGUCCCAGGACCAAGGCACUUGUACUUGAGCUGCUGGCAGCCAUGUGUCUGGUGAAGGGGGGACAUGAGAUCACACUUAAGGCGUUCGACAACUUCAAGGAGGUUUGCUACGAGACAAAGCGGUUUGAAAAGUUGAUGGACUCCUUCUGUACUGAGGAAAGCAACAUUGACUUCAUGGUUGCCUGUAUGCAGUUUAUCAACAUCGUGGUCCACAGUGUGGAUGACAUGAACUACCGGGUCCAUCUGCAGUAUGAGUUCACUCAGCUCGGCCUGGAUACUUACCUGGAGAAACUGAGGAACACAGAGAGUGACAAGUUAGGUGUUCAGAUCCAGGCGUAUCUGGAUAACAAGUUUGACGUCGCCUCACUUCUCGAUGACUCGGAGACCAAGACGGCCGCUCUGGAGAGAGUGGUGGAGCUGGAGGAACAGGUCUCACAUCUGAGCGAGAAGCUGCAAGACUUGGAGGCGGACUCCUUAGUGAAAAGCCUUGAGCUUGAGCGGCAGCUGGCCGAGGCACUGAGGGAGGUAGAACUUCUCAAGGACACGUGUGCCAAAGCAGACACAGAAGUGACAACAUUGCGACGUAUAGUAAAACAGAAGGAUGAGGAGGUCUUAAAACAGCAAACCCUGCUCGACUCCAAGCUGCAGGAGCUGCAGCUUCAGCGCCGUGAAGAGGCAGACGGAGCGUCGUCUCCCGGGGAACACGAUGACAAACGAGCGGCGCCGAUCCUCUCCAUCCCCCCUCCUCCUGCAGAACCUUACCAGACUGAUGCAGGUAACAAAGUUCCAAGGCCAAGUUCGCUGGCCCCUGCAGGAGGUGCACCAUCAUCAUCAGCAGGCGACUUGCCUCCACCCCCUCCCCCUCCUCCCCCUGUGCCUCCCCCCCCACCCCCUGGCAUGCCCCCACCCCCUCCUCCCCUCCCUGGGGCAGCUAUGGCAGCCCUUAAGAUCAAGAAGAAGCACGUUCCAAAGUUCCGUCUGCCGGUUCUGAACUGGGUGGCGCUGAAACCGAACCAGGUGAAGGGAACCGUCUUCAGUGAGAUUGAUGACGACAAGGUCAUCGAGGAAUUAGACAUGACAGAUUUUGAAGACAACUUCAAGACAAAAGCCCAGCCUCUGGAUUCCAAGGAGGAUUCCGUCGCCAAGAAGUUAUCGGAGAAGUCUAUAAGGAAGAGGGACCAAGUGACUCUGAUCGACGCAAACCGAGCAAGAAAUCUGGCCAUCUCCAAAAGGAAGAUUGCACUUGACAAUGACCAGAUCUUCCGAGCCAUUGUUAUGUUUGACCUGAAUGUACUGAAUGUUGACCAGGUGGACAUUCUCAUCAAGUUUGUACCUACAGAUCAGGAGGUGAAGGCAUUCAGAGAGUACGAGAUCAGAGACAGGAAACCGGUAGAGAAACUCAGCGAUGAGGACAAGUUUAUGUUACAGUUCAGCAAGAUCGAGAGGAUACAACAGAGGUUGACAAUCAUGAAUUUCCUGGGUAACUUCGAGGAUAACAUCCACAUGCUAACGCCGCAACUGAAUGCAGUGACAGCAGCUUCUAUGUCCAUCAAGGCUUCACAGAAACUCAAGAAGAUGCUGGAGAUAAUCCUGGCGUUCGGUAACUACAUGAACAGUUCCAAGAGAGGAGCAGCUUACGGCUUCAAGUUGCAGAGUUUGGACACACUCCUGGACACCCGCUCCACAGACAGGAAGCAGACCCUGCUGCACUACAUCGCCAGGGUCGUCGCCAUGAAGUACCAGGACAUCGCCACGUUCCACAACGAACUCAGGUUCAUUGAGAAGGCUUCUCAAGUGUCCUUGGAGAAUGUCCUGUAUGACGUACAAGAGCUCCUUAAAGGAAUGGAGGUGGUGAAGAGGGAAUUCUCCUUCAACGAAAACCCCAUCUUGAGAGACUUCUUGGAGAAGUCUGGGGACAAACUGGAGAAGCUGCAAGAGGAUGCCAAAACUGCACAGGAAGCAUACACAACAGCAGUGGAGUACUACGGCGAAAGUCCGCGGACCUUGAGUCCAAACCAGUUCUUCUCUCUCUUUGUCCGUUUCACCAAGGCAUACAAGGCUGCUGAAGUGGAGAAUGAACAGAGGUUGAAGCACCAACAGGCUGAGGACGAGACAAAAGCAGUGAAGAAACAGAAACAGAGCAGACAGGAACAGAUGAAGCAGAGCCAGGAUGCCCUUCUUGCAGAGUUGAAGCAGAAGAAGUUUAAGGACCAGAAGACGGAGGCAUAUCAUGGAGCGAUCGAGGACAUCAUCACAGAUCUGAAGAACGAACCCUACCGGCGGUCGGACGCUCUACGCCGCAGCUACCGCCGCAAACAGGAGGAGAACCUCAAGGUCACCAUCAGCAGUGAGAUGGAGGUUUGAGGUUUGACCUCAAGGUCAUGCCCUUGACCCACACUUUGAACCUUGACCUUUCCAGCCUUAAAGUCAUUAGGCUCCAGUCAAGUUAGGUACAUUUCAUGAGAAUAUGUUCAUCAUUGAAGGGUCUUAAGAUGUGUGUGUAUAUGUCAUCAGAUUCUGUGCACAGGAAUUGAUGAUGCCACAGUUUUACCCAAGCUUGAAGCAAAAGUGAAUUUGGGUGUCUCCAAAAUCUAUAUUUUCUAUAACGUUUAGACAGUUAAGAAAGUUUUAUCAAGGAAUCUGUAUUUAAAACAGAUGUUUAAUCUCCAAGCCUUUUCUCAUUCGCUGCAUUGUGCCUUGAGGCCACACAGAGUUGAUUUUAUGGAUGACAUCCACUGGAGACCCAAUAGUUCUUGCAAAAGUUUAAAGAAACUGUCAUGUUAUGUGAUAUUUGUGCCCAUUUUUAUGACAAUCAUGUUUUGUGUUAAAGUUUACCGGGACUUCUCAAUUUUGGCCACUUGAGAGUUUUGUCUCAUAUUGUUGCCUCAAUCUCUCAAGAUUUUGUCAUUUCUCUAAGAUUUCAUCCACAAAAUCAAGUUUGUGUCCUGGAACCUUGCUAAAUUAAAGGCAGAUACUUCUCAUGUACAAAGUAUUUUUAAUUUAAGUAAAAUCUAAGAAAUUCUACAAAGAAGUUUAUGUCACACUUCCCUUUGUGCCUUUAUGCAGAUGAUAAUCUUGUUAUUUGAGCAGUAAUGAUGUAAUCUAACAAGUUAUUUUGUGCCUUUGUCUUAAUGCAGAUGAAUUGAAUGUUGUUUGAUUACUGUAAAUGCUGAAAUUUUCAUGCUGGUUGUAUGUUUGCAGUGACCACAAAGUUAUGGCACCGUGAAAUGUAUUACUACAGAAAUUGUUUUAACUGCAAAUCUAAACAAGGAAAACCACCUUUUCCCUCCUACCACGAAAUAAAACCACAGCAAAGAUACCUGCAUUUACAGUAUUCAGGUAAUGAUGAUUUAUUGUACAUUGCUCUACUGUUGCAUCGCCUGUUUUUUGAGGUAGAGACAGUAGAGGGAAAAAUAUGUGAAUGAUUGUUUGAGAGAUUUGUGGAAAUUUUUGUUGAUCAGAUAGGAAAUGAAACUGUCACCAAUAGUAGCCAACUUGUGCUUUGCAAAUGCAGGGAUUUUUCCAACUUUUCAUGGAUUUUCGCUUCUCAUGUUAGGCACGCAUUUAGACUACUAUUAAUAAUAAUACAUGUAACUAAAAAGGAAAGUUGAAAUUUUAGCAAACCAUGUCAUAACAUUCUCAGUCACUGAUAAAAGAUUUGAAACAUCUAACUCUUCACAUUAGAAUUUAUUGAUUUUUGUUUGGUAUUAAUGUUCUACUAGUACCUGGAUAUCUAACUGUCAUAGAUACAUGUCAUAAAUUUGGUAACAAAUUUGAGAAGCCUGGAUGUUUGAAAAAUAGAAGAAUAUAGAAGCUCAGUUCAAUGUAUUCACAAUAUAUAGGCAAUACAUGUACAGUCAAUGCUAUGUAUUAGCUAUGCAUUCACUGUGAAUAUGACCAGUAUAUUGAUCACAAGUGUAAAUUCAUUAACUAGUAAUUAAGUAACUCUAUGUGUUUUUCAAUCAUCAUUAGAAUUAUUUUUUUUUACUUUUCUGCCAUUCACAGUAUAAGCUGGUUCAACCUUCAGUGUGCUACAAGUGCCUUUAGUCACAAUUUUGUAUUGUCAAGUUAUAAGAUAGCACACGUGUGGUUAAUGUUUACCAGUGUUUUAAGGUAUUGUCACUUCAGUUGAAGUAAAGCAAUAGAGAGGCUCAGAAUACUAAAGGCCCGUAGGGACUUAAAGUUGUCUGGUUUACAGUAAUUAGCAUUGCAAUCAUUAACCUACUUACACAGUAUACCUUAAACGUUAAAACCUUAUAUUGUCCAACAACCUCUGAUGUUGUCAUGACUUCUCUGCUCAGACCAUCUUUUUUGUGUUUUUAUUUUUAACUUUGCUUUCUGUUUCAUUGCAACUUGUUUAAGUGACUAUUGUGACUCAUAGGUACAAGCCAUUUGUGUGAUUGUUGUAUUGUUUUACUAUCAGCAUCAUGUAUAACUCUUGAUGUUUUCAUAUAGCAACAAAUAACUUCACUCUAACCUGCUUAGAAGAAAAUCCAACAGUGUCUACAAUAGAAAAUAUUCUUAAACAGAACGGCAUGAAAGUUAGGGAAUAGACUAUAAAUGACAUAAUACAACUUUAUUAAAAUUUUACAGUAACAACAAUAAUACAUGAAAUUCUAUGUCUGUCCACAAGGCAGUUAUUCUACAUUGAUACGUAAGGUAUUGAAGUCAUCAAGACGUAAUUUGGAGUGGAAAUUUGUGUAAAAAGUUAAUAUCACUGUAAUGUUGUUCACAGUAAGUAAGGAGCAGUGUUAAAGUGUUACUCCUUAAGUGUCCCAAGAAGGGAGUUCAUUUGCUUGGAUGUUUGAUGACAAGAUGCACUUUUAAAGAUGAUAUUUGAGACCUUCUCAAGGUAAAAGUUCACCUAGGUAUCAAACACAGAAAAUGAUCAUUUUCUUUUACCACUGAUUGUUUUUUAAAGUGAGAUUUAUGAGUAUUUGACACACACACACCAUUGCACGGUGACAUUUGAUAUGCAGUUGUAACACUUUUUUUUGUACACUGGAGGCAAACAAGACCACAAAAUUUAGGUUGCUCUUUUGGUUUGCCAAAUCAUUGUUCAUUUGUAACCUUUCAUCUACUGUGAACUAAUGUGUAAUGUACAUGUACAGUGUACAUUUGCAGGGUUGUUAAAAGUAAUUUAAAUGUUGCAAUCAAUCGUUAUGUUUACUAAUCAAAUGUGCCAGUAAUAGCUUUAACCUAUUUCCAUCCAUUGUUUUUUAUUUUGCUUAUUGUGCUGAAUAAGGCUGAUGACAUCUGAAUGAUUCGUGCCACUUUAUAAUUAUUCUGUAAUGUUGCAAUCCACACAAAAUGUCUGCACACAAGUAGCUAAUAAAGUCUGUCUGCAACACUCAA